GAGACGAGAGACGAAACUUUAUCCUUCCAAACGAUGCAGGCAAAAUCUGAGAUUUUAGCACUGGUCCUGGGCGCCCUGGGCUUAUGUGGGACAAUAGUCACCACUUGUCUGCCCCAUUGGAGGGUUUCUGCCUUCAUCGGUGCCAACAUCAUCGUCAUGGAGGAGCUCUUAGAGGGCUUGUGGAUGAACUGCUACCGACAGGCUAACAUCAACAUCCAGUGCAAGGUGUAUGACUCGCUGUUAAUUCUCCCACCAGAGCUGCAGGCAGCGAGGGGGCUCAUGUGUGUCUCCAUAGUCCUGGCUUUCAUCUCGUUGUUGCUCACAGGAUUCGGGAUCCAGAAGAGCAGCUGUUGUGGUGACAAUUUAAAGAGUAAGAAUAUCACCUAUGCAUUAGGAGGGAUUCUGUUUCUACUUUCCUUUUUGACCACACUCAUCCCCGUAAGCUGGGUGGCCCAUACUGUCAUCAGUAACUUCUAUAACCCGACAACGCUGGAUGCUCAGAAGCGGGAGCUGGGAUUGUCCCUCUUCAUUGGCUGGGCCACUUCUGGUGUUUUGCUAAUCACCGGGAUCAUUGUGCUGUUUAGGUACAGCAAACGCAGUGCAAAGGAAGAUCAGCGCUACAUUGAAGCAUAUCAUAUGGUGAAAAGGAAUGAACAGAAGGCGGACAGUGUUGACUUUUCAAGAGCGAAAUCUAGUUUUCAUACAAAUCAGGAAUAUGUGUAAACAACUGUACUGCAGUGUACUAAUUGCAUAUUAGAUGUCUCUCUGUAUAUUUAUGAGCAACAUGUGUUUUAUUUGCAAUGAUAUAUUUAAAUCAAUAUGUAACCAUGUUCUAUUGUACUAUGCAUUUGUCUUGUCUGCACUGUUUGGUUUACAGAUGCAGCAAAAAUAUUUGGUUAAUAUGCUGUACACGAAUAAACAACAUUGCCUGUGUUUAAAGUAAUAUAAUUUUUGGCAAAUCUAUAUUAUCACUGAUCAACAAUACACUGCUUGCAGUGGCUAUCACCGAUCAACUUCAAUCUUAAUGCAGCUCUUACUCCAAUG